UAGAGAGAAUAGAAUUAGUUGAAAACCAACAAAAGCAAUGAAAAUAUUAACAUGUAGAUGGAGGAAACAGUUUCUUGUUUUCUUGCUAUUGGCAUGUGUAUUGUAUAUUCUGAUUGGUCUGUUUAUAGUUUCUAAGUUUCCAAAGGAGGAGUCAACUCAAAACUCAUUAAGUUUCAGAUAUGCAGAUUCACUUGAUAUAAAUGCAAGGCCUAAACAGCUCGUAAAUGAAACACCACAAGGCAAUUCAAAACUCUCUAAAUUUCAAAAUGUGGAAGAGGAUUCUACAGAAAAUCAUAUAAAUGACAAUAACUUAAUCAUUCGUGUAGAAUCCAAACUGAGUUAUAAUGUGCAUAUAUUCUACUAUCCAUGGUAUGGAAAUCCAGAUCAUGAUGAAAAAUAUUAUCACUGGAAUCACCCAUAUUUACCGCACUGGAAUAAAGAUGAGGCUAAAAAAUACCAGACAGGAACACAUGUGCCCCCUGAUGAUAUAGGAGCUAACUUCUACCCUCAACUAGGACCAUACAGCUCCAGUGAUCCUAAUGUCAUUCAUAAACAUAUGGCUCAGAUGCAGAAGGCAGGAGUUGGUGUAUGUGUUGUAUCAUGGUAUCCAAGUGGACAAGCAGACAAUGAGGGCAAAGAACCAGAUUCAUUGAUACCAGAAUUAUUGGAUAUUUCAGCUCUUUAUAGAAUUAAGAUUGCUUUCCAUAUAGAGCCAUAUAAAGGCAGGUCACCAGAGACAUGGAGAGACAAUAUUAAGUAUAUUCUAGACAAAUAUGGAGACCAUGAGUCAUUCUAUAGACAUUAUGACAAAAUGAAAAAGAAACAUUUACCUGUAUAUUAUAUCUACGAUUCUUAUAACAUUCCACCUGGCAACUGGGCACAAAUAUUCCAAUCUAAUGGUGCUAUAACUGUGAGAAAUACAGAAUUGGAUGGUAUAUUUAUAGGACUUUUUGUUGAAAGACAACAUAAAUCAGAUCUAAUUAAAGCAGGCUUUGAUGGAUUUUAUUCAUACUUUGCAACAGAUAGAUUCUCUUAUGGUAGUACAUGGGGUCAUUGGAGAGAAAUCAUGAAAUAUGCCAAAGAAAGAAAUAAAAUCUUUAUACCAAGCAUUGGGCCAGGGUAUAUUGACACAAGGAUAAGACCAUGGAAUGCCAAAAAUAUUAGAAAUAGAGACAAUGGUUCAUAUUAUAUGUCCGCGUCAAAAUUUGCAUGUGACUUAUAUCCAGAGUUUUUAUCCAUAACAUCUUUCAAUGAAUGGCACGAAGGGACACAGAUUGAACCAGCCACAAAGAAAAAAGUUGAAGAAGACCUUUACUACUUAGAUUAUGGCUCACAAGGGCCUUUAUAUUAUCUCCAAUUGACUAGAAAAAUUGUUGAUACCUUUUUAGGUUUGAGAAGAAAAUAAACAACAACUUUUGUUCAGACUUGUACAUUCAUAAAUAAUUCAAAGUUCUAGGUUCAUAACAUAACAUUAUUAGUGAUAAAUCAAAAUCUUGCAUCAAUGUAAAU